AUGAUCAGACAGGGAGGGGACGACCUAGAUGAUGACUUCGUCCUGGACGAACUGGUCGCCGUAUCGGAGGACGAAAAUGUGCAUUUGGCAGACGGUGAUGAUGUUGGCGCAUUGCUCAGCGCGGACGAAGAGGGGGAUAUGACCUCAGUCCAUGCUGCUGCAGAUCAGGGUGUCACAGAGAAGAAACGGAAGCGGCGAGCGAAAGAAAGGGAGAGGAAGGCGAAGAAACGAAAAUUGACAAUGUCAGAGGGUCCUGUCGAAGCUCCUUCUGUAGCAUCACAGUCCCCGGGUGUGCUGGCUGACUGUCUUUCGUCAAUGCAAGCAAAGACAUUCUCUAAGAUGUCCAGCAUAGAGCUCGCCGACAUCCAGAUACCCGAGAGCUCCAUAGUGGAUACAACUCAGUGGACGGACUCCCGGAAUCUGGAUUUUCUGGUUGACUUCAUCUCGAAGAUAUUGCCUACCCUUCGUGUCAGAUUAUCGCAGAGACCUAAAUCCAAGGGAGCACCGACCCUCUUGUUUGUGGCCGGAGCAGCUUUGCGAGUGGCGGAUGUUACAAGGAUUCUCAAGGAUGAAAACCUCCGUGGAAAGAAGGGCGGCGAGGUAGCCAAACUGUUCGCAAGGCACAUAAAGCUGGAGGAACACGUUACCUACCUUAAACGAACGAAGAUAGCAGCGGCAGUGGGCACCCCGGGAAGGCUCGGCAAGCUGUUGUGUGACACCGAUGCGUUGUCCACGUCCGCGUUGACACAUGUCCUUCUCGACGUAUCUUAUCGGGAUGCCAAGAACCGCAACCUGCUCGAGAUCCCAGAGACGCGAGAUGAAGUUUUCAAGACUGUUCUCGGUGCUCCGAAGGUGCUGCAAGGACUCCGCCAAGGCAAAAUACAAUUAGUGUUCCUAUGA